GUACCGGGCGGGUCUCGCCGCUCUGCCCCGCCCCUCCCCCCCCACACACACCCUCCCCUCGGCAGCGUUCCUGCUACCCACCGCCCUCCCGGAGCAGCAGCAGCGGCGGCGGCGGGUGGCAGUUCAGCCCGCAGCCUGAGGGGAGCCUGGCGGACAGUCAGGCCGAGAGGGGCACGGGAAGGCGUCCCUCUGCUGAGGGAGAGGCCCCGCGCCAUGAGCCCAGAGGAGAAGCCGCCACACGGCCGCUCCCGCGGUGACCGCCCGCCACCUCAGCCCGCUCCCGGCCGAAGCCGACGGCGAGGCGGCUUCCUGACGGAGAUCCGCACGCCCAUCCGCACCGAGCCCUUCCAGGAGCGCUACAGCCUCAGCCCCGGCAGAGAGCUCGGCAGGGGCAAAUUUGCAGUGGUGAAGAAGUGCAUCCAGAAAGACACUGAAAAAGAGUUUGCAGCAAAAUUCAUGAGAAAAAGAAGAAAGGGCCAAGACUGUCGGAUGGAAAUAAUCCAUGAAAUUGCAGUCCUUGAGUUGGCACAAUGCAACCUUUGGGUUAUUAACUUGCAUGAAGUUUAUGAAACUGCAACAGAGAUGAUUUUAGUCCUUGAGUAUGCUGCUGGAGGUGAGAUCUUUGACCAGUGUGUGGCUGAAAGAGAGGAAGCCUUCAAGGAGAAAGAUGUUAAACGACUUAUGAAGCAGAUCUUAGAAGGAGUUUCAUUCUUGCACAGAAACAAUGUGGUUCAUCUUGACUUAAAGCCCCAAAAUAUUCUCCUAACCAGUAAGGCUCCUCUGGGAGACAUUAAGAUAGUAGAUUUUGGCCUUUCCAGAAUAAUGAAGAGCAGUGAGGAACUAAGAGAAAUUAUGGGAACUCCAGAAUAUGUAGCUCCUGAAAUUCUGAGUUAUGAUCCAAUCAGUACAGCAACUGACAUGUGGAGCAUUGGAGUACUGGCAUAUGUUAUGCUAACAGGGAUAUCACCUUUCUUAGGAGAUGAUAAACAGGAAACUUUCUUAAAUAUAUCUCAGAUGAAUGUAAGUUACUCUGGAGAAGACUUCGACCUCGUAUCAGAGUCUGCUGUGGAUUUCAUCAAAACUUUGCUGGUUAAGAAACCUGAGGACCGGGCAACUGCUGAAGAAUGUCUUCAACAUCCAUGGUUAGAACAAAGUGAAAAUCCUGCUUGCAGGGCCUGGAAUAAGAGUACAGGAGGGGAGAGCAGUGAUGUCACCCAGGAAGAUGCAGAUUCUGCCUCUGAAAAAUCAGUGGAUGCUGAGAAGACUGAAGAGGAAGAAUCAAUAGUGACAGAAGAACUAAUUGUAGUGGCAUCAUAUACACUGGGACAAUGUAGGCAGUCAGAAAAAGAGAAAGUAACUGAGCAGAAAGCCAUUUCCAAACGAUUUAAAUUUGAGGAACCAUUGCUGCAAGAAAUACCAGGAGAAUUCAUUUACUGAACCAUGUGGAGCUACAUAGCUGCAUCUGGAAGGCAGUGUUUUCUACUAAACAAAAAUAUCCUAGCCAAGAGAAUUUCUGAUAUGCAAUAAAUGUUCUAGAUAAAAGAAAGUGUUGAUAAAUGGCAUCCAAGGAAAAUGUGCCAAGUUCUUAAUUUCACGGAACAGGUAACAAGAUUUCAAGUGGCUGACAGGAAUUUAAUGAAGAUAGAAGCUUACUUUUUUCAUCAUUUUUAUUUCUGGGUUUGUUUUGUUGUUGCUUGAUAGAGUUUUUGUUAAUUGUUCCAGUGUUCUGGAGAAAGUGACAUUGUAAGUAUUUCAAGUGACAGAUGUCAAGAGGAGUAUUUUAGGAUAUGUUUUGGCAUUUAAUGCAAAUAUACAAUGCUGGGUGUUCCUGAGACACCUUUUAGCACUUGACUUCAGUUGAACUGUAUCUACUGAUCUAAAAAUUGUAUGUGAGGAGGAUUUGUUCAGCUGGUUUGACUUAGAGAUUUCAAAGUUAUACUGUGUAUAUAUGUCUUUGUUUACGCCAAGUCAAAGACUCAGACUCAUCUGGUGUGUAGCCAGACAGUGAGCUGUGCUUCACUAGGAAAAGAGGCACAUGUCCCACAGGUAAAGAAAUCUGUUCUGGGGAACAAUUCCAGGUCACAGUGGUGAUAUUUCUUGCAUUUGGAAAUCCAGCAAAAUCCUGCUUUGCGAGCACAGAAAAAUCAUGCUCCAGAGAGUGAUGAGUUUGCUUGAGCCAGUCACUCUUGAUAGCAAGCAAAGAUCAUUCCCCUCUGGUGUUGGCUGAGAUGUGCUAACAGAAUCCAGCUCACUGUGACUGCACAGGGUUGAUGAAUGGAAAAAAGAAUGAGAGGAGAGGGUCUGAGGUAGUUCUGCUGAAGUUAAUGAAGUUCUUUCCAGUGACUUCACCGUGUUAGAUCAGACAGUUUGUCCAGCUAGUGAUAAAUCAGCCCGUGAUUCCACCCUUUCCUCAGAACCCAGCUGGGGUUUUACUGGGAGCAUGAGGUCAUUUCUGCCUUCUUUCUGUUCCUCUAACCACUGCUCUGAGGAAGAAAGCAGCAUCCUUAGGCUGAAUUGCAUAACCUUGUUCAAUAAAGCUAUCAGAUGAGGAAAGAGAGACCACUGCUUCUGAAACAACGAAGCAGAGCUCGUACCUCAUGCCUCUCAACCACUCUCCCUUAGACACUUGGAAAAACAGGAUGUGUGUCAGGGGGCAGACUGGGAUUAGGGAGCUGUAUGGAUGGGUCGUAGUUCUCAAUGGACACCGUCCCUUAAGAGGACAAAGCUGGGACUAACUGGGCAUCAAAAUUGACUGACUGGGUUUUGCAUUGUACAGGCCUGAGGAUUUUGGACUGAGUCCUAGUUUUCUAAGAAACCUUAUCCUAUUGAUGCCAUUCCAAAGUUUUUUAUGUAACUGAAGUUUAGUGCUAUUAUUAUAUUGCAUACUGUUAACUAUUCUACUAUUUAUUUGGUUUCCUUAUGCUGUUCCUUUAUAAUAAGCCUUUACAAAAGUUUUCUUGCUAUAAAAUAAUGACUAGAAACUCUUAAGCUAGUUUUUCCUUUUUUAACAUGUGUCUACACACUUUGCUAAUUUCUAAUGUACCAAGAAUGAUCUUACUCUUCUUAAUGCCCGGGAGUUCAGUGUUCUGUGCUAAUAUUUAAUUUCUUCCUUCAUGCAGAAGGUAAAUGGCUUAUUAAUAAAAAGAGCAGUACUGGUCUGAUAUGAUUAGCAUUGCUGCAAGGGUGGGAGAAAAAGUGCCAGGAAAGAAGAAAACUGAAAAUCAGCAGUGUGACACUGGAGUAAUGAGUGGUUUUUGCAUACAGCUUCAUUGCCAGUGGUCUGGUCCUUCAUUUUAAAUCCCAUGAGAAAAAUUGCUCCUAAAUUAAGCUGUUCUAUCAGCUGAAUUCCCCUGUGGAAUUUCACAUUGACAGGACUUCUUACUCCUUGAAGAAUUUUGUAUUAGAAAACUUCCACUUGUACUCAUAAUGGACUUUGGAUGUGUUUGAUUUUGUAAUGCCUUUUGUACUGUGGAGAAAUUAGUCACUGGCUGUUUUUUCCCUCCUAUAGGCAGUGACUUGCAGACUCCUGCUGAGAAGCUACCAUGUGAAAUGUUUCUCUGGUAGCUCUGGCUGCCCAAGCUAAACAAGUGUCUUGGAGACAACAGAGCAGCUGUUACUGGGCAUCCCUGGAGAUGGGUGGCAGCAGCAUUACUGCGUGUUUGCUGACCCUUCCUAUGAUGCUGUUGUCUUUCAGAGUUUUUAAGCACGACAGUACUCUUCGUGGGCAUCUUUCUUUCACUGUUCAAUCAUUUGCCCAAGACACCUUGCUUGAGGGAGGACAGACAUACCUUACUAAAUUCCUUUCUGCAAGAUUGAUUUUUCUCCCACUUUCUUUCACAUCCAUACUUCUUCACUUCAAUGAAGUUGAGCAAAGCAUGUUCUUAUCCUCCCACCCUUACAAAACAAGUUCAUGUUGCCAUAUCUGCAUACCUGAAUGUGUAAUAGCUCAUGGUUAUUCAAAGCAAAUAAUUUGAGGGACCUGUAAGAUGUUUCAGUUCCUAUUUGUAACCACAGGUUGUGUCUCAGAUGGGGACUGGUACUGGUGAAGAAGAGGAGAUGCUGAGCAGCAUACAUUUUGUUCUGUAUUUACUGGUGUUAAUGUAUGACAAUGAAGCUUAAAAUGUAUAAAUGAACUAUGUACUUAUCACAAGGCCAGUUUCUCUUGAAUUGGCUGCUUUGAGACUUCAAGUGGGCUGCAUUUCUGUUUCACUUUUUGUGCCUUAAGGUGGUUUUGUACAGUGUUUUUUAACAUCAUUAAGAGUUUGUAUAAAGUUGUGCAAGUUUAUUAGUGUAAGUUAUCAACAAGGCAUCUUAGGUAGGGUCUGUAAUAGGAAAACUUUUUCUCUGACAUCCAACUGCAGGACUACCAGCCAGUCCUACACAUUUCUAUUCCCCAGGAAGUGUGGGUAAAGCUGUAAAUGAGAUUCUUUCCCUCUGCUGUAGAAAGAGGCUAUCGAGGUUGAUGGUUUGGGAUGGUUUGUUACUAGAGAAGGAAUGUGUCCAAGGCUGGGAGCAGAUCCCCAGUUUGUGAGGCAGAGCUGGUUUUCUGCAGCUUCAUGAAUGCAGAGGACUGCGGGUACAUAACGCAGUGCUGAUGAAAAAAGCUGCUUAUACCUUAAAGUCUCAGUGAAGAAGGAGCUGACUCCUUUCCCUUGUGGGCAAUGUGCUCUCAGUCCCUGCUCUUUAUACUGGGCACCUGCUGUGUGCUUGAAUGCAAAAAGUUGGAAGUGGUGGAAGUGCAGAUGUUCUUAGUCAUUGCCAGAGAACUGUUAUUUCCAUGGUUCUGAUGUAGCAGACAUGAACUACAUAUAUAUAUAUAUAUAUAUAUAUAGGCAGGGGGAGGUCCAGGCCUAUGACUCCGUUGCAGUUUUGGAAUAAACAACAAAUACCCAGUUAAAAGCAAACUCUUGUUCCCUCCUGUUUAAUUGCUACAUUCACUUCUUUAAGCAAGAGGCUAUAGAUUUUUAUAGUCAUUAAACUAAUUGUUCUAUAAAAUAAACUGUUUUCUUGAUCCAAAGCUGAAUUUGCCUCAUGAUUUCUUUCAUUUCUUACUCCUUUCCUCUGGAGGUCUCUAAAUGCAAAUGGCUAAAUUCCAGUUUGUGAGAUAGCAGGUGAAUAUUUAGAGCUAUUAGGUGGGAAACACAAGUAAAAAUUAACUGCCCCUUCUCUACUGGUGGGGCCUGGCAGGGGACAGGGAGGAAGGUGGGCAUAGCACCUCAUUAUUCCAUGGCUUCAGAUCUUUCCUGAAUAUUUCAGGUACAGUUCUGGGAAGAGAGUUCAGCAUCUUCAAGAAAUAGCGCCAGUUUAUUGUACUUCUGAAUAAGGUGUUUAUUGUUCCAGGAAGUUUACAAUAAAUGAAAUAUUGUUUU